AUGCAGACACUAGGGAUCGAAAAGGCGACAAGAUAUAGAGGACAGUCGUCAUCGGCGAGCAGUGGUUACGAGGAAGGUCAUAAAGAGUAUGUGGAAAUCACACUCGAUAUGAAUGACGAUUCCAUCUCCGUGAACAGCUUGAAGUCACCAAAGAACGAGGAUCCAGAGACAUCACUUCUAGGACAAGGCCGUACGAGGAAGAAUAGUUUCUCGGUACUGAAACGCAUAGCGUCAUCAGUUUCUAGCGAUCUGAGGCGAGUCACUUCUUCUGUUACGUUGACGCAGGAGACAAACCCACCGCGUAGGCCGCGGAAAUCAAGCGCAGAGCUAGCGUUAAAGGGUCUCAAGUUCAUUACCAAACAUGAUGGCGUCGCUGGUUGGCCUGGUGUUGAGAAAAAAUUCAAUGAAAUAACGGAGAAGACCAGUGGUUUAUUGCUCCGUUCCAAGUUUGGUGAAUGUAUAGGUAAGAAGAAACUGAGUUUGAAUGCUUUGUGGUUACAUAAGUUUUCAUUUGAAUUUAUUAAUUGGUAUACUUUGCUUGCAGGGAUCAAUUCAGAGGAUUUUGCGUUGGCAUUGUUCGACGCUUUGGCAAGGAGACAAAACAUAACUGGAGAUGUGAUAACCAAGGAUCAGCUUCAAGUAUUCUGGGAGCAGAUCAAUGAUCAUGACUUUGAUUCGAGACUACGAAUUUUCUUCGACAUGGCCGAUAAGGAUGCGGAUGGAAGGUUGAAUGAAGAUGAAGUAAAAGAGAUUAUAACUCUAAGUGCUUCCGCAAACAAUCUGAAUAACAUUAAGAAACAAGCAGAUGAAUAUGCUGCUUUGAUAAUGGAAGAACUAGAUCCCUAUGAUCGUGGGUACAUCAUGGUAUAUGCGCUCGAGGUACUGCUGUUGCAAGGGCCAGCUAUGGCUAUGGGAGAUGUCAAGAGUAAGGAAGUGAGCAUUUUGAUAAGUCAGCAGCUCGAAGUAUCACAUAGUAGGAAUCUCUGGAAGCGUUUGUACAAUGGGGUUAAGAAUUUUGUGUUGGAUAACUGGAAGAGAUUGUGGGUGAUGGCUCUAUGGAUAGCUGUUAUGGUCGGGCUGUUCACAUGGAAGUUCAUGGAGUAUCGAAAAAGACCAGCUUACCAAGUUAUGGGAACUUGUGUUUGUAUAGCUAAAGGAGCUGGAGAGACCCUUAAACUGAACAUGGCUAUUGUUUUGUUACCAGUUUGUAGGAACACUAUCACUUGGCUCCGGACCAAAACCAAGUUAAGUGUUGGUGUUCCUUUUGAUGACAACCUCAACUUCCACAAAGUCAUUGCAAUAGCAAUCUCAAUUGGAGUUGGAGUCCAUGCCACAGCUCACUUAGCAUGUGAUUUCCCUCGGCUGAUAGCUGCAGAUGAAGAGACUUACAAGCCAAUGGAACAGUAUUUUGGAGUACAACCAAAGAGCUAUGUAGAGUUUUUGAAGUCAGUGGAAGUAGUUACCGGGACAGUCAUGGUUAUAUUAAUGACUAUAACCUUCACCUUGGCUACAUCAUGGUUCAGAAGAAAUAAGUUGAAUUCUCUUCCUAAACCAUUGAAGAAAAUUACUGGCUUCAACGCCUUCUGGUACACUCACCAUUUGUUUGUUAUCGUCUACACACUCCUAGUCGUUCACGGAUACUAUGUCUACCUCAUCAAGACAUGGUACAGGAAGACGACAUGGAUGUACUUGAUGAUACCGAUGGUUCUUUACCUGUCUGAAAGGCUGGUUCGUUCGCUCAGGUCAAGAAUCGAGCCUGUUAAGAUACUAAAGGUUGGUCUGUUACCAGGGGAUCUCUUAAUGCUUCAAAUAUCAAGACCAAACAACUUCAGAUACAAAAGCGGACAAUACUUGUAUCUCAAAUGUUCUGAAGUAUCUUCAUUAGAAUGGCACCCAUUCUCAAUUACAUCGGCUCCAGGAGAUGAUUACCUCAGUGUUCACAUCAGGGGUCUAGGAGACUGGACUAACAAGUUACGAGAAAAAUUCAAAGAGGUGUGUGCCCCAGCCCCCCCUGAUGAUAAGAAGCGGAUUAUAGCCGAUUUGAGGAAUGGGAAUAACUACCCUUUCCGUAGCUUUCCAAAACUCCUAAUCGACGGUCCCUAUGGAGCACCAUCACAAGACUACAAGAACUUCGAAGUUGUUCUACUGGUGGGUCUAGGAAUCGGAGCUACUCCUAUGAUCAGCAUUAUCAAGGAUAUAAUCAAUAACUUGAAAGUCAAUAUUGGAGAUGAAGAAGAAGGAAAAGGCAGUAACCGAAGCCACAACAUGGUCACACCCCCUUCCAUUUCCCCUGCAAGAAAAGGCGAGCUGUUCAGAACCAAGAGAGCUUACUUCUACUGGAGCACAAAAGAGCAAGGAACUUUUGACUGGUUCAAGAGCGUGAUGGACGAAGUGGCCGAAGCAGAUGUUAACAACAUUAUCGAGCUACAUAACUAUUGCACCAGCAUCUUCGAGGAAGGAGACGCGAGGUCCGCACUGAUCAAGAUGCUGCAGUCACUAUACCAUGCCAAGAAGGGAAGGGACGUUGUGUCAGGGACACGUGUCAUGUCCGAAUUCUCUAGGCCAAAAUGGAGGAGCAUUUUCAAAAGGAUCGCUGUGAAGCAUCCCAACACCAGAGUCGGAGUGUUUUAUUGCGGAGCAGCUACAGUAGUGAAGGAGCUACACAACUUGGCAGUGGAAUUCUCUCAUAAGACGUCCACCAAGUUCUAUUUCCAUAAAGAAAAUUUCUAG